GGAGAGUUAUAGCAGAUCCUCGAUGUCGCUGCCCUAAAGUACAUGCAGGUGGGGUGACUACCAGUUUAAUCAUGAAACUGACCCAUUACCCUCCUCGCUCACACUGCUCUAAGGAAGAAAUAAUGUGAGUUACUAUACUAUACUGUGCUGUACUGUAUUGUAAUGUACUAUACUGUACUUAAAUAAAAUUAGAUGCACACACUAUACAGUGGGGAGAACAAGUAUUUGAUACACUGUCGAUUUUGCAGGUUUUCCUACUUAAAAAGCAUGUAGAGGUCUGUAACCUGCAAAAUCGGCAGUGUAUCAAAUACUUGUUCUCCCCACUGUAUAUUUUAAUGAUCAAUUUUAUUUUAUUAAACAUCCUCUCUCUCCCCCCACUAUUUAUCUUACUCAUCCUCCUCUAUAUAUCUAUCUCUCUAAUCUAUCUCGUAAUCGUCUGAUAUAUCAUCUAUAUCGAUUAUCGAUCAUCUGUACUUAUCUAAUCUCUAUAUUUGCUCUAUAUAUCUAUGGUCAUCUUCUUCUAUAAUCUUCUCUCUCUAUCUCUCUAUCUAUUUCUUCUUCUUCUAUCUCUCUCUACUGUCUCUGUCUCUGUCUUAUGUUCUUCCUAUCUCUCUUUUCUCUCUUCUCUAUAUCUCUCUCUCUCUCUAUCUCUGUCUCUCUUCUCUCUGUAUUCUCUCUCUCUCUCUCUCUCUCUCUCUCCUCUCUCUAUCUCUCUCUCUCUCUCUCUCUCUCUCUCUCUCUUCUCUCUCUCUCUCUCUCUCUCUCUCUCUCUCUCUCUCUCAAUCAGUGUCACAUUGAGAACCGGAGGUUUGCUCUGUCUCGACCCAAAUGGGAGCUUUGCCAAAAAACAGAUAAAAAGACAGACCAAAGUG